AUGCCCUUCCUCGUCCACCGCCGUAACAGCCCACCCGUCGUGGAGGUUCAUCUCCCUUCCGAGAAAGAGAAAGAGACACGGUCGAUGUCCCGCUCUUUCUCUCGCAAGGAGAGACUGCGCGACUCCCUCAUCCACCUCUCACGCUACUUCUCCCGCCCGAAAUCGGCGUUCACCGUCCCCUCCUUAUCCUCCUCCCUCUCCUCGCGCUCGUCGGAUGAGUCAGGAAGAUACUCCGACUUUCCACCGCAGAAGGAGAAGAUCGUUCUGCAGAAGACGAGCACGCCGGAAGGAUUCGUCGUCAUCAGCAAGAAGCUGCAGUCGGGCAGCACCCUCCCGCUCACAGUAGCGGGGAACGACCGACUAUCGGUGCAUCAUGAGCACGUCCGAAGCAUGUCUGUCGCCCGUAGGCGCGCUCAACCCGUGCCGCCGCCCAGCAAGGCCCAGCUCGCAGCGCUCAAAGUCUACGCGGAGAAAGCGCUCCCUCCACUGCCCAUGUCCCGCCCAGCUAGCACCACGCUCUCCCCUACUCCGCCAACAAUGGCCAUCCCUCCUCCGGCAUACUUCAGCCCUCGGCGGGUGAACACCAUCUCCGAGCGGUCAACGUCCCAGACAGUUCACAUGGCCAGCCCGACCAGAGCGCGUCAACGGACUUCCCUCCGGCCCAAGACCCCCAAGACACCAAAUAACACCGACUCAUUCCUCUCCUUCUCCGCGACUCCACCACGACGAUACUCCUUCCGCGCAGCAGGGGGCGUGGUGCGCACGAGCUUCCUCUCGCUCACGCCUAGCCCGCCGCAGGCUAAGAGGCCUCAGCCUGCGCACCGGUACUCUACCACAAGCCAGCGGAUGGGCUUACCGGAAGGGGCGGUACUCCCUCCUGGACGGGUGGAGCUGCGUGCGGAUACACCGAUCACGGCACUUGCAUUUCGUCCUCUGUACCAGCAUCCGUACGCUACCGCUACCCCUGCACCUGAACGACAUUCUGGCAGAUACGACUGA